AGAGUGAGUAGUGACUUAAAACACGAUAAAACAACCCGGCGGAGCGCAAUUCAAGUCCACUAGUUGUCGUCCGCCGGUUGUUGUCGCACGCGAGCGACAAACGCGAGCGGAUUUUACGCGUGAACGCAUCACUUCACUAAAUUUCAAGACAUCGAAUGUCUUCCAAGAUUUAAUAUCUUUGUAACAAACAACGAAUAAGUGUCUUUACUCGAAAAUAUAAAUAUUUUAUGUUUAAGAUAUUUAUUGAAAGGCGCUGUAAUUUUUUGAGUGUUUUUUGAUUAAUUUCAUUUUUAUAUAGAAGAUUAUCGGUUAUUAAGUUAAGUGAAGGACCCGUGCGUGUCCUGACGUGUAUAACCACCUGCAAGGAUUCAUGCUCGUAAAUAUAUCCUUGCUGAGGGAUGACUUCUAACUGCAGUAUUAGUGUAUGGAGGGAUUGAGUUAAUGAUAACCGACCACUGCCAAAAGAACACGUCAAGAUUUUAAAAUACUAUAUACGCACACAUUUUUACUAAUUUAAACAGAACUGAAAGUGAAAUUGGAGUGAAAACAAAAGGAAGAAAUAAAAAUAUCAAAAUGGUGAAUUUCCGCUUGGAUGUGUGUACUAAUAGUAACAAACUGCUGAUAUCCUGUGUGCUGGUAUCGACCGGCGCUGGAUUCCUCAUCGGAUGGUCCUGGAUCUUCAAUUCAAUGUUGCGACUGGGAAUCGCGCUGAAAGAAAACACGUACAUGGAGAAACUUUGGCUGGUUAAUCCGAUGCCGUUGUAUUUAGAGAUUUAUGCUUUGAAUUGGACCAAUCCGGAAGACAUUUACAAGCCGGGUGUUAAACCCAGAUUCCAACAGAUUGGGCCGUUCUCAUUCAGAGAGAUCAAAACGAAAGGCAAUGUCACGUGGAACGCUAAUAAUACUGUCUCAUUCAGGCAGUAUCACUCGUAUCAUUUUGUCAGAGAGAAAAGUGUGGCUGAUUUGAGCCUGCCGAUUACUUCGUUGAAUCCUGUUUUAGUCAGUGCGGCAUACACUGCAAAAAUGAAGAAAUGGGGAUUUUGGAUGCGCAAAGGAAUGCAAGUGGCCUUCACUCAAAUGCACCAAGAAUUAGCUAUCACAAAACCCUUCGGACAGUAUUUGUUUGAAGGUUAUUAUGAUCCCAUGGUGGCGCUGUCAGCUAAAAUGCCUUUGCCGUUCAUUCCCAAACUACCAAUGGAUGAUAAAUUUGCUUGGUUUUUUGGAAGAAAUGAAACUUCAUUUGAAGGAGACUUCAACAUGGGCACAUCCUACGACAAUUUCGGUGUUUUGGAAUCAUGGAACUUUGCAAACCGUACCAAUCAUUAUCAGGGCAGUUGUGGCCAUGUUUCUGGUGCUUCUGCAGGUGAACUGCAUCGACCUUAUCCAAAUAAAGACACCAUUUCCAUUUUUGUGCCUGACAUGUGCCGUAACAUGCCGUUGGAUUUUGAAGAAGAAGAAUCUGUUGAUGGAGUUAUAGGAAGAAAAUACACAGCAGGAAAACGUUUUCUGGAUAACGGUACACUCUACCCAGAAAAUAAAUGUUUCUGUCCAGAGGAAUGUUUCCCUUCAGGAGCUGUAAACAUCAGUAGUUGCAAAUAUGGCGCGCCUGGUUUUGUCUCUUUACCAAACUUCCACGGCGCUGAUGAUUAUUAUCUGAGUGCAGUCGAGGGACUUAAACCUGUUCGAGACAAACACGAGUUUUACAUUACACUUGAACCGCUUACUGGAAUAACUUUGCGUGUUGCUGCAAGGUUACAACUCAAUUUGUUACUUGAACCAGCAAAAUACUUAACAUUAUUUCAAAAUGUGCCAAAACUAAUCUUCCCAGUGUUGUGGUUUGAAGAAGUCGUUCAAAUCCCUGACUUUCUCCUGGUUUUAAUCAAAAUCCUGCUUUACAUGCCGUUGGUGAUUCAAAUCAUCGGCGCGUUACUGAUGUCCAUCGGUUUCUUCCUCUGCUCAACAGUCAUCUACAAACAUAUCAACUCAACGAUGAUCAAAUCCGGACAAUUUGUCUCAAAGCAAGGCAAUCAACACACGAAAAGAAAUCAUCAUUUACAUGCUUUAACAAUCAAGGAGCUGGUGCCGUUGAAUGAGAAAGAAAAACUCCGCGUCGUUUACGAAACGGACGUGCAGCUCGUAGGCGACGUAUGCAGUUGAUGCGCAUGCGCAGUGAUAAUCCGAACAAUAAUGUUGCGUGCAUUUUAAACCACAAAACCGUCCUCGCCACUCCUCGCCUUAACUCUGGUUAUACGAAAAUUGUUUUAACAAUGCGAUGAGUAUUUGCUUAAGUAUAGUUGUUGCUUGAGUAGUGCGCACGUUGUCCGCGAGUCAACAUGUCCGCGCCAUGAGAGUAACUUAAGUUAAGACACAAUCAUGACAGUGUUGUGUUUUUGUUUUGUAAACAAGAAAAGAAAAACUACUGUGAUACGACAGUGUUGCCAACUCUAACCUAACUUAUAAUGAUGGACGAAGCGUACGUGUUGGUGUGCAUUUCGAAGGAAAUAAUUAGGUAAUUAGAUGAGUUUGCCUCAAUUGAACGAUUGGAUGGUGUGGUGUGAAUGAAAGAAGAGUGAAUGAAACAGAGAGAUGUCGCGACGAAUUGAAUCGUUAACUGCGUAAAUCAAAUCGAAUUAACAAUAACAAUGCAAACAGUGCAAUUACAAUACAAUACAAUAUUAUACUCAUUACUUGAUAUACCAACCGUCCAGAUUGGAUUUCUGAUGGAAAUUCAUGUACUGAUAUUUACCACGUGCCUUUUAUAUGAAAUUGGUGAUAUUUUUGAUAAUUAGCAUGUAAAGUACUCGUUCCAAGUGAGAUAAAUGUUAAAUGUUGGUCUAUUUGUUUUCUAUUACUUAAUUGAUAAGCGGUUUUGUGAUUAUGGUUAGUUUCUACUUAGUGGCUUAACUUAAGUAAUAUACGUAUUUAUUAAGUUGCUAAGUACAGUACAGCAAAGAUUUUUGUUGGAAUUUUAAUUUUCUUGUUAUUUGAGAAAACUUAGAUUAAUUCUAAUUAAUAUUAUUAUUGUUUGAAUACUUUUGUUAUUAAUAAAAACUCUUUGUUUUUAAA